AUGCGCGCACAAUCACAAAUAUGCCCGCUGCCUGACAGACAGUCGACAGCAAAUCAGCUGGUGCAGCAUGGGCGGCUAGUUUCUCUGUUUUCUAUCUCUCUGUAUUUAUCUCUCUCUCUUUGCGUUUGGCGCUUGAGGUCAGAGGUCAUGGCUGGGGAUUGUGGCGCGUUUGUGGACUGGUCUCAGAUGGGCGAUGUUUCUCACGACAGGCCUCCUGGUAAGACUGAAUAUAAGGAGUUAAAAGAGCUGAAACAACAUGCCCGCUCAGGCCAGUGGGCGAAAAAUCACGCCCAGCGUGCUGCCGUUUAUCAGCAUCUGCUCAAAGCGCUCCCGUGCCGAACCGUCACUCCGGAUGCUGAGGUCUACCGGGACAUCGUUGGGAAUUCCACCAGCAAGCGGAACCCAUCCGCCUAUCCGUUACCUGAGUUUGUGGAUGAGAUGGUGGUUCCGCGGUAUUGUCUCAAAGCGGAAUCCAUUGGCUCGGUGCACGCCAUCAUUUCCUGCGUGGCAGGGCAGUUCCCGGACAUCUCGUACUGCCCGUCGUUGCCUGCGAUGACUGCGUUGUUGCUGCAUUGGAGCGCGGACGAAGCGCAGUGCUUUGAGAGCGUCAGUCGCAUGUUAGCCUGCAACGAACCAGGUCGGCGUUUGUUGGAUCAGACUUUUCUCGCAUAUCAAUCGACCUGCAUGACCUUCGGCGACCUUGCGAAUAAAUACUGCCCCGCUGCACAUAAGCUGAUGGUUGCCACGGCGACAGACGUGCUGGAGGUGUACUCUGAUUGGCAGCGAUGGGUUCUCGGUGACCUGCCGUUUAGCUACGCUGCACGCGUGCUGGACGUCUUCUUGGUGGAGGGCUACAAAGUUCUUUAUCGCAUCGCGCUGGCGAUUCUGAAGUUCUACCGCAAACAGAGCGCAGCCUCUGGAUCAGCCCUAACCAAAAAGGACUCUGCAGGGGUCAGAGGUGAUAUCCAGGCAUUUGUGCAGAACAUUGGGAAAAGUGUGACACCGGAGAAACUGCUAGAGAAAGCCUUCUCCAUUCGCUUAUUCAGCCGCAAGGAAAUCACACUGCUACAGCUGGCCAAUGAGAAAUCACUUCAGCAGAAGGGCAUCACCGUCAAACAGAAGAGACAAAAUGUGCAGUUAGCGGUGAAUGCGGAUAAUUUCAGCUCCGAGAUCGUCAGUGCUAAAGAGAUCAGAGAUAUCUGGUCAUGGAUUCCUGAACGCUUCGCUCUGUGUCAACCACAACUGCUCUUUACAACAUCAACACACGGCUGCAGCCUGAACAGGUUUUAUUCACAUUGUGAGGGAUACGAACCAACACUGAUGCUCAUCAGAACUACAGAUGGAGAGGUGUGCGGGGCCUUCCUGUCCACUGAUUGGGAGGAGCGUAAGAGAGGCGGGAACAAGCUCAGCUUCUUUGGCACUGGAGAGUGUUUCGUCUUCAGAUUGAAGCCUGAGAUGGAGCGUUAUGAAUGGGUCAUAAUCAAACACCCAGAGCUGGCAAACGCAACCCAGCCCAAGGGCGAUGAACAGGCCUGUGCAGACGGCAACGGCACACCACAGUCCCUAGAGAAACCAGCUGUAGACCCAUCUUAUCUUUCUCCUUUCCUGUCUGCGCGACACUUCAACCUGAACUCACGCAACACCUCCAUGUUUAUGGCGGGAAACGUCGACUCCAUCAUUAUCGGUGGAGGUGACGGUAACGCUCUCUACAUCGAUUCUGAGCUGAAUCACGGGCGAACCGAGCGCUGUCUGACCUUUGACAACCCGCCGCUGUGUGCCGAGAGCUUCCAGGUGGUGCUGCUGGAGGUAUGGGGCUUCAAAGAUGCCAUGGCAACAUAGAGCGGCUCGUCACAUAUGUAGAUCAAGAGCGGAGAACAUCUGGAUGGAUUCUGUGAUUGUAUGGUGACUGUGAGAUUGUUUUGUGUUGUGUCAGACACCCCUUAAUGUUGAUGGUAAAAGCGUUGAUGCUCCUUCAAUGCACUAAAAUCUGACCUGAGCUCCGGUGAGGAUGUUUAUUGUCUAUAUAUCUAAAUGCCAAACGUAUGUAUCAUUUACCGUGAUGUAUGUCGAUAAGUUUUUUGAUCAAGUUGAAGAAAUUGAGAUGCUCUGAGGAAGUAAAUGAAGUUAAGUUUAGGAUCCAACUGUUUGAUCAAUUAAGCAUUUUGAAAUCACGCUUAAUCAUUAUCAGUAUCUUAAAGAAAUGAGAACCAGCACAGCGAAAGUCUCUCCAUCACAACCAAAUCCCCUCUGUUCCUGUGUGCCAGUUGGGAAAAAACUAAUUUUCCAGGAUCUCUGCACAUGUGGACCUGAAAAUGUGAGAUCUCCAUAGACCUGCAGUAAUUUUGGGUUCAUUGACUACAGAUUAAAAGUACUUCUGGGGCAUUUCUAAAGGCAGUUAUCUUUUAAAGGGAUAGUUUGCCCAGUAAUGAAUAUUCUUAUACCAUUCACUGACCCUCAUGUCAUUCCAAACCUGUAUGAUUUUCCCCCAUUGAACACCAAAGAAGAAAUGUAAAAAAGUUAUAUAGUGACCAGGAGCAGUCAAGCUCCAAAAAGGACAAAACUCAUCGCAAACAUUGUCGUAUUGACUAUUUACUUUUAUAGUGUUCUGUGUCAUUUUCAAAGCUUUGCAGCUCCUGGUCACUGCGUGAUUUAUUGUUUUAUUGAAAACAGCUUUGUCUUCUCUUUUGUGCUCCACGUAAGAAAGUCAGUCAUAUGGGUUUGGAAUGACAUGAAGGUGAGUCAAAUAAAUACAGAAAUUUCAUUUAGGGGUGAAAUAUUCCUUUAAACUCUUAUGGGCUACCAAGUAAACUUAGUAUCUUAACUUGAACAACAGUGAGUAACAUUUCAUAUCAUUCAAAAUACAGAAUGUAAUUUACCAUAUUACUCUGUCCAAAUCAUAAUGAACCAUUCAAACCAGCAAGUGAAUAUUUAGCUAAUCAUCAACAGGUUUAAUUUCAAUGAAAAGGUAUAUUAAAUGGAGAUUCUGUGUUUGUUUUGUUAAUUAUUUAAUUGUCUGUUCUUGAGUUGUAGUGUAUGUACGAAGGCAUAUCCAGCACUAUUUUUCAGUGGGAAGUAUUAUAUUUUAUGAAAAGUUUCUUUGCACUUACUUAACAUGAUUUAGAUUUUAAAUUGCACUGAAAACCCUAAUAAGUUGAUUGCUUAAACUUGUUCCCUCAAUUUAAUUGAGAAAUUGCUUCUCCAAAACUUGUGUAAUUAAGUUCACUUAACUUGGUGUUCAAAUUGAAUGAACUUAAAGGAUUAGUUGACCCGAAAAUAAAAAUUCAGUCAUUGUUUACUCACCCCUGUGUUGUUAUAACCUUAUAUGACUUUCUUUCUUUUU